AUGCAACGAUAUCAGCCUGAAAAUUUUUUAACUCUUAAUUCAAAAAAAUCUUCAACAAAUAAAAAUACUUUUAACAAUUUAAUUACUAUGAAAGCAACAAUUAUUGGAUUAUUUUUCUUGUGUCAAUUCAUUGUUAAUUCUGCAGCUCCAAUUCCGCGAAGUAGGUAUAACAACUACCCAGCUGUUGAUUUAUCCGAUCUCGAGUGGCCUGAAGCGCAACCUAUCCAACUACUCAACGAAAACGGAGUUGUGAGUGUUGUGGAAUGCUAUACCGAACUUGAUGCUUCAUUUAUUAACUCAAACUUAAUCUACAGACUAAACAAUACUGCUGAAGUUCGUGACCGCUCCUGCGUUGUGCGUCUUCCAACGCAUAUGAUUUUGACUAUUAUUGAUAUUAAAACUCAUGAUGAUAAUAGUUAUGUAACAGUAAUGGCAGGUUCAUCAAAAAUUAUUAUGCCGUUAUCCAUCAACCAUAUACGCUCUGCAGAAAAGCAAAGAUUUGGACCCUACCACAUACCCUGCGAAAAAUCCUAUUUAAUCUUCAACACAAACCAGCUCUCGUUAGAGUGGGUUGAAUUUAAAUUGGAGCCAGAACAACCCGAAGACAUGGAAGAUAAUGAAGAAAAAAUUUGUUCAGAUCAAGGGCUUAAUCUAGUGGAGAUUGAAUAUAAUAAUGAGAAUAGGGAUGCAAGCAAUGAAUCGGGUUCAAUAGAUUCAAAGAGAAGAUGAAGGAAAUUGUUUUGAAUGUCGGAAAUUUUAUUUUUAAAACUUUUUUCUCCAUAUUAGUUUGUAAUUUUAUAUUAGAAUCUGUACUAUCCUCCUCUUGAGUAUCUAAUUUAGG